AUGGACGUCUACACCACAUCUUUUACUUAUCCACGCAGGUCGCGCCACAUUCAUUCUCCUGCUUCCUCUCUCGACUUCCAAUCCUCAGACCUCAAGUCUUCCUCUCUCUCAGACCAAUACCCGUCUGCGCAGCAUCUUCAACCUUCCAACCCGAAGCUAUCUGAUGUUUCUGUCGCAGCAGACGCGGAGGCAAUCCAGAAACUGGCCAUGAUGGCCAUGUCUGUACAUGGUUGCCAUGUCUCGUAUUAUAUGGUUGAUCAGGGCAGGGCCUGGAAUUUUCAUAUCACUGGAGCAUAUCAGCAGGUUAUGAUAACUCGUGGUUUGAUUUUGAAAGAAUGUCCUAUUCAACACCGAGCAACUAUCAAAGUGACGCGGUCCGAAAUUCUCGAUUCCCCAUUCUCGAAGCCUACUCUUAAACCUGAAGUCCGGCGGAGGCUGGAUGACAUUGCCUCCCAAACUUUAGCGCACAUAGCCGUCGUCAACAGUCCUUUGUCACUUUCCAACCGCACGCCGCCUGAUGGGAUUAGUAGCAGUGCUGGUUGGUCUGGGUUAGAAACUGAACGCGUUUGUGAGUUGGUCAUCACUGGGACUGAGGAUGCAGUCGACCUGGCUCGUGUACGCUUAUUGGUAAUGCUGGAUGAAUUAAGCGGUCUGCACUCAGAAGUGUGCGAGAUUGAUCACAAAUUGCAUGCCAUCGUGGCUGGUCGUAAACGAAAUGUUUUGCAAACCAUCCAGGAAGAAACUGCGACCAACAUCUAUUAUCCUUCUCCUCUGCAAGACCUCAUUGGUCCGGAUAUCAGCGCGCACUCAGCCACUGGUGCUCGCAACAGUAAUGUCAUUUGGAUUACUGGGGAAUUUUUUGGAGUUCAGAGAGCUCGCGACAUGCUCUUCCAAGUUUCCGUCACCAAAAGUAAAUCGGUCAUUUCGAGGGAUACGGCCAUCCUACCCCGUAAGCUUGAUUGGAUGGUAACCGACCGAGCGGAGGACCUCAAAUCGAUUAUGAGUGACAACGCUACUUUCAUUCAAUUUCCUCCGCUGGGAAGUUCCACCAGCCUGAUCACCGUCUAUGGUGACCAUAGAGUCAACAUCCAACGUACCGUUAGGUCAAUCAUGCAGCUGGCUUGCCAAUACUACGUCGGUUCGUUCUGGCUUUUGCCAGUACAAUUCAAUGCUCUUUUACCCCCCGCAAACCUUAAUAGCUCAACAAUUACUGCGUUGUUGAAGCAAAUAUCGACCGCGACGGGAGCGGAAGUCGUAUUCAAGAGUAUGUGCUUUGAGAUGCACGGGCUUGAACAAGAAGUACGGGCGGCAGUUAAUAUGAUAAUGGAGUUAGACAUCAUCAAGGCAUUCCAUCAUGAGAUUCGGUUUCAAAUAGAACUAUCAAACGAGCACCGGGAUUUCAUCAGUGGCAAGAAGAACGGCAAAAUCAACAAAAUCAUGCAGACGACGAACGUAAAAAUCAAAUUCGAAACUUUUAAUGACCAUAAUUUCCUUAUCGAUAUCGCCGGACCCGAUAACUCUGUGCUUCAGGGACUUACUUUACUUCAAGAGGAACUUCCAGCCGAAAUUUCCUUCCAUGUUCCAGAAGGCUAUCACAAACGUAUCAUAGGAGUUGGAGGGAGGAGUAUUCAGCGCAUUAUGAAAAAGUAUGGCGUAUAUGUCAAAUUCUCGAACGCAGAGGAGUUUGCCGCCUUGGGUGGAUAUAAUGACAACGACGACAACGUUGUUGCUCGAACACCUGCCAAAAAUGCCAUCAAUUUGGAUAACCUCAAACAAUCUGUCAUGGAACUUGUCAAUCCCAAGGACAAGGACUUCGUCAAUGAGACGGUUUCGAUACCACGUCGAUACCAUCGUACCUUGCUUGGAGAGAAAAGUAUAUUCAUCCGUGACAUCGAAACGAAGACCAACUCUCGCGUACGCUUUCCCGACAAAGAGACAGCCUCUGAUGUUGUCACGAUCUAUGGUCCAGAAAGCCAGGUUCAAAUUGCUGCUACUAUGCUUUUGGAUCACGUUCCGUUCGAGGCGGACAUGGCUGUUCCUCCCAGCAGCGAGCUGCCUCGUGUUUGUGCUUCUCCGGAAUUCAAUGCCAUGGUAGAGCACGUCAAACGGGAGCUUCAAGUCUCGAUCUCUCCCAAUUUCCGGAGGGCUGGAAUUCCUAAUGGAAGUACAGGCACCGAGACUCCAACAGAAUAUUCCUUCAAGUUCCGCUGUCAGCGUAGCAAUAGUGAUUUCUUGAUCACCGCCAGGGAGAUGCUGGAACAAUUUUUGCAGAAUCACAAUAUUCACGUCUACCCAUCUCCGACGGCUCAAUCUCACAAGAAGAACGAUUCGUUUGCCGAGGCAUUCCCCCAUUUUGAUAGCAAAGUGCUUUCUGCAGCCAGGACACGCGGCCAUGAAUCUAUGGAUAUGGGACGCUCCGACGUCAUGGGUGACCGCCGCCUGAGACUCGCUAAUUCAUCUCCGGACGUCAAAGCACUCUUUAACUCGCCUGCAUAUAUUUAUAACAUUGAAGCACAAGAGGACGUCGAAACAAACUAUAUUCCCGGUCCCUCGGCGCCUGGUGUUGAUUAUUGGACCCCUCUUCCGCCUAUCGGAACCGGAAUGCCACAUCGCUCUAGGCAUUCACAAGAUGCGAUUAAACGUGGUUCGGACUCACUUUUAGAAGCCAAGAUCAAGGAGCAAGCCACGAAACAACCUCGAUCGCUGAAUAACCGUGCUCAGUCUCUCGACCUGAGGUAUUCUCUUUCAAAAAUCGCUGAAUCGGGUUCGAGCAACGCUGUACCGGAAUCACCCACAACUUCCACUGGUGGUACUGGAGGGAAUUCGAGCCCUAAUUCCCCCACUGCCCCUUCAUUCCCCAGUGUUUACGGUCCCCCACUUUCAGCUCGGUCAUCAGGUGUAUUUGGCCAACCGGCUCAGACAAGACCCACCCUAGACGAUGAUGGGGUCGAUGAAGUUUCCCGGGUCAUUUCUAACCUCGGAUUGUAG